AUGUCGUGGCGGGCGCGUUUCACGCCGUGUGUGGCGUCGCUCACAGUGUGGCUGAAUCCGAAGGACCCGAACUGCUUUGGCGUGCGCAACUGGUGGCGCAACAACCUUCCGGAGCUGCAGCUGCUCAACCCCUUCUGCACCUUCACCAUCCAGGAGCUCUCCUUCGGCGAGCCGCACAUGUACAUCAACUACACCCCCACCGACCAGCGCAUGAUCCGGCUCGCAGGCGCCACGGAGGAGGAGUGCGAGGACAUCAUGGAGGCCUGCAUUACGUACGGCAUGAACCACGCCGUGAUUGAGCGCCCCCGCACCGACGAUGGCGGUGACUUAGUGAACCAGCCCGCCAUCACCUCCUUCGGCUACACGGAGAGUUUUCUCUCCAAACUAGAAGUCUCACCACCAGCGGAAAUAGGCCAGCGGACGCCGGAGGGCGUGGACGACCCCGGCCAGAAACCGCGCAUGUACCCUCGCAACGUCGGCUGCAAAAUUAUGCCGUGA